AUGCUUGAAAUACGAAAGCAUAAAAUGAGACCUGCAGAACAAAAGAAAAGAAAGGAUGAGACAAUAGAUGACCCAACAAAACGAAACAAGAUUGAAUUCUACUAUUAUCUAAUACUAUCCACAUCUUUGGAUGAGAGAUUCAAUCAACUGAAAGCUCAUUUUCUCUACGACAUUGACAAGCUGAAGAAUGCACCUCCUGACAGCCUGGACACAAAGUGUAGAAACCCCGCAGCGAUUUUGCAAGAUCAUGAGUCAAGCAACAUUAUUGCACUGGAGAUGAGAGAUGAACUAAAAGUGCUUUCAACAUUGUUGAAACCUGGAAUAGAUCCAGAAAAGAUUCUGAAGUUUAUGGGAAGACAUAAUUUUUGCCCGAAUGUUAAUAUUGCUCUCAGAAUUCCCCUGACACUCUCAGUGACAGUUGCGAGUGGAAAGAGGAGUUUCUCAAAACUGAAAUUGAUAAAGACAUACCUCCGAUCAAUGAUGAACAAAAUUCAUUUGAAUGAUCUUGCAACAAUAUCGAUUGAGAAUUACACAGAUCAUGUGAAAGAGUUUGCACAAGCAAAAGCUAGGAAGGUUCGAUUUGUCUAG